AUGACGAAACUCUCCUUUCUCUUCGUAGCUUCAAUUAUCUUGGCUAGCAGUAGCUGCCUGGCUUCCGCUGGAUCCGUUUCGGAUGACCCGCCACGCAGUACUGGAGAUGGGAAUGAAGGAGACCUCAAAACUUGUUUGAAUCCCAACGAUGAUGGUACCUGCCUCAACCCCGAAGAGGCAUCCUCGCAAGCGAAUCUUUCCUCCAACGAUGGCUCUAGCAUGACAAACAUGUGCCUCGACGAUCGAGACGAUUGCGAGGAGAAAGCAGCUCGAGGAGAGUGCAAGACCAAGCCUGUGUACAUGUUGGCUCAUUGCAAAUUGAGCUGCAAUGCGUGUCCAGCCAAUCUCAAGUUCUUUGACAAUGAGUACGGAGAACCCCAAGAAAUCUCAGGAGACAAUGCCGCGGACAUUGAAAAGCUCGUUCAAGAAGCCGAUGUGUACAUGACAACCAAGAUUCGGACCAAGACCAUGUACCAUUCCGUCAAGGACAAGUGCUUUAACCGAGACAAACUCUGCAGCAAAUGGGCUACCGAAGGAGAAUGCCAAAAGAAUCAUCUAUGGAUGCAAGUGAAUUGCGCUCCUGCCUGCCAAACCUGCGAAAAGCUGGAUCACCGCAUUCGAUGUCCUGUCAAUGAACGAGCACCAAAAGCCUUUGAAGCGGGUGAUAUCGAUGAAAUGUUUGAAAACAUCAUGACGCAUCCACACUACAAACAAUACAAACCAGUGGCUCUCUCCCAGCCUGCCGAAGCCCAAACUGGACUUGUCCCCAUCUUUAAAGAUCCCAGUGAAGAGGGUAAGAAUUUUCCAUGGGUAGUGGCAUUGGAGAACUUUUUGACCGAAGAGGAAUGCGACCGAUUGAUCUAUUUGGGUGGUAUUGUGGGAUACAAACAAUCCUACGAAGCCGAAGGAGUAAACUUUGAUGGGACCUACAAAGCCAAGGCUUCCGACAGCCGAAACAGCUUUAAUGCCUGGUGUUGGGAGAAACAAUGCUACGAAGACAAGAUCACGCAACAAAUCCUGGCCAAGAUUGGCAAUGUCACCAAUGUCCCUGAAAAGAACUCGGAGUUCUUUCAGAUUCUUCGUUACGAGGAGGGUGGAUUGUACAAACUCCACAGCGACUAUAUUCCUACCGAUUUGCAUCGUGCCCAGGGCGUGCGAGCCCUGACCAUGUUGAUUUACCUGAACGAUGCUGAGUAUAAUAGUGGUGGUGAAACCUAUUUUCCUGUGAUGGAUUUGACCAUCCGUCCCAAAAAGGGUGCCGCCAUUCUUUUCCCCAACGUCCACUCGAGCAACCCCGAUAGUCAAGACCGCCGUACCGCACACGCCGCUUUUACGGUCAAGAACGGUGUCAAGUAUGCGGCCAAUCUCUGGAUUCAUCAACGUGACUUCAAGACACCCUUUUUUGAUCGAUGCAACUAA